AUGUCAGUACUUAUCGUGUAUGGCGAUGACAUAAUUGUCACUGGAAACCAUACUGAAGAGAUUUUUCUGAUCAAAGAAAUGUUUGCAAAGGAGUUCGAAGUCAAGGAUCUUGGUACGCCCAGGUAUUUUCUGGGAAUGGAAUUUGCUAGAAGCAAAAAAGGGAUUCUUGUGUUCCAAAGAAAAUACACUCUUGGUCUCUUAAAAGAAACAGGAAUGCUCGGUAGCAAGCCCAGCACGACUCCAAUCGAGCUCGGAGACAAGAGGAAAAUGUUUCGAGGAAAUUCAGUUGACAAAGGGAGGUACCAACAGCUAGUAGGGAAGCUUAUCUACCUCUCACAUACUAGACCUGAAAUUGCCUUUGCGACAAUCGAGAGGAAGGUUGAAGUGUUCAUAGAUGCAGACUGGGUUGGGUCAGUUGAUGAUAGAAAAUCUACAUCUGGGUAUUGUACUCUUGUACGGGGUAAUGUGGUAACAUGGCGAAGUAAAAAGUAA